AUCGGAUUUUCCCUGCAUCGGAUGUACAUUCAUACAUUUUACACUUUGCAUCGACAAAUCCCAAACACGGUAGUUCUAGGAGAGGGCAAUUGCGAUACCCAAUCCUCCUCUUCGAAAUGGCGGCCUCUUCUCUAAUAUCGUCGCUUCGGGCGCUGUCCCUUCGCGCGGCACGGAUACCAGCAGCCCGACAAAUUCUACGAGAACAUCAACACACUCGUAGCAUCUCCCAAGCGGUUCUAGCUCCGAGAACGACGGCAAGACCCACGCCGACGAUAACGAACGCAACGAGGAUGAUUCAAGCCGUCGCGCAGCAGCAGACCAGAGGCAUGAAGGUUCACAGUUCAGUCAAGAAGCGAUGUGAACACUGCAAGGUCGUGAGAAGAAAGGCUGGCAAGCGACAUCGUGGUUACCUCUACAUCAUCUGCAGCGCGAAUCCAAGACACAAGCAACGACAAGGAUAAAGAAAUUGAUAGACAGUCCUCUAAAUGGGCCGAUAAAGGUAUUACUUCGGGGUGUUCUGAAUUUUGCGCUUAUUAUUGGCG